CCGGCACUUCACUACCCCCCGUCACGUUACUCCCCAACUUUUUCAUCGUCCUCUCUCUUCUUUCUCAGUUGCCACCAUGCGCCUCUCAACCCCCUACGUUACCCCCCAUAUCUUGCACAAGAACUAUGCUCAGGCUUUCGAUGCAGAGCACAUCUCCAACUUGAUCGGGAAAGAUCUCGACUACUUCUCCCAGGCCGGUUUCGACAUGGACAAGAUCCAUCUGAAGCGCAAUGCUCCGGUCGCCCAGCUUUACGAGGACGCCAUUCGUAACGAAGGUGCCAUCUUGUCCUCUUCCGGCGCCCUCAUAAACUUCUCUGGCAAAAAAACGGGUCGUAGUCCCAAGGACAAGCGUAUUGUCUUCGAGGACACCAGCAAAGAUGACAUCUGGUGGGGUUCAGUCAACAUCAAGAUGGAUGAGCAUACGUUCGAGAUUAACAGAGAGAGAGCCAUCGAUUACCUCAACACCCGUGACAACGUCUACGUCUUCGACGGAUACGCUGGCUGGGAUCCGAAAUACAGGAUCAAGGUCCGUGUCAUUUGUGCUCGCGCUUACCAUGCUCUCUUCAUGAAUAACAUGCUUAUCCGUCCAACUCUUGACGAACUCGCAGAAUUUGGAGAGCCCGACUUUAUUAUCUACAAUGCCGGCCAGUUCCCCGCCAACCGCUUCACCAAGGGAAUGUCUUCUACGACUUCCGUUGAGAUCAACUUUAAGCGAAUGGAGAUGGUUAUUCUCGGUACCGAGUAUGCCGGUGAGAUGAAGAAGGGUGUUUUCAGCGUCAUGCACUACCUUCAGCCUAUCAAGUUCAAUCAACUUUCCCUCCAUUCCUCUGCCAAUGUUGGCGUCAAAGAUAACGACGUCACUCUCUUCUUUGGUCUUUCCGGUACUGGAAAAACAACGCUUUCCGCUGAUCCCAACCGUCUGCUCAUCGGCGAUGAUGAGCACGUCUGGUCAGACUCUGGUGUAUUCAACAUUGAAGGUGGUUGCUAUGCCAAGUGUAUCAACCUUUCCGCUGAGAAGGAACCCGAAAUUUACAACGCCAUUCGCUUCGGCUCCAUUCUUGAGAACGUCGUUUACAACCCCUUAGAUCGUAAACCCGAUUACGACGAUAUUAGCAUCACCGAAAAUACUCGUUGCGCCUACCCCAUCGAGUUCAUUCCCAACGCACGCAUUCCUUGCAUGGUCGACCGACAACCGAGCAACAUAAUCAUGUUGACAUGCGAUGCAUUUGGAGUUCUCCCUCCCGUGUCAAAGCUUACUCCAGAGCAAGCCAGUUACCACUUCCUAGCUGGUUACACCUCCAAGACGCCUGGAACCGAAGAUGGUGUCCUUGAACCAAUCCCCACCUUUUCCACUUGCUACAGUGCACCCUUUAUUGUCCUCCACCCCUCCCACUACGCGACCAUGCUUGCAGAACGGAUGGCCAAGCACAAGGUCGACUGCUGGCUGGUUAACACCGGUUGGGCUGGCGGCAAGUUCGGUACCGGCAAGCGUUGCCCGCUCAAGUAUACGCGAAAGAUCAUCGAUGCUAUCCACGACGGUUCGCUUGCUGCUACCCUUGGUGCUGGCAAGAGUGAGACCUUUGACGUCUUUGGAUUGACGAUCCCCACUGAGAUCGAGGGUGUUCCGAGAGAGUUGUUGAAUCCGUCUAUUGCUUGGGCCGAUAAGGAGGCGUUUGGAAGGGAGCUGAAGAAACUUGCGGGAAUGUUUGGAAAGGCAUUCAAGCUUUAUGAACCUGAUGUCGAUGCGAAGGUCAGGAGAGCAGGGCCUACACUCAACUAAAAUGAAUUGGUCUGGAAACGAAAGUAGUACUUACAAGUCUUGUAUAAUACCACACUACUUGUGACUGUCCCUUAGUAUCUAUCAUCCUUCUUGCAGUACAAUCCACA